AGGAAGUAGGAAACAGUAGCCUCCGCCGAAAGAACCAUAUCGGAUGGUUCCGUGUCUUUUUUUAUUUUAUCUUAUAUUAUCAUAAUUAUUGUGUCACUGUUAAGUCCUAACACAGUUUACAGUAUAUUAAGAGGAGAACAGCUGCGGCGUUGAUGUUUUGGACAUCUUUGGUCGACGAUUAUUAGCAUUAGCUGCUAGCGGUAAGCUACUGUCGAACACCGAACAAGAACAACCGCGACAGGUUCCAUUUCGGCUCCACGGUACGGCUGGCGUCGGCGUCCGGAGCCGCCCCAACGCCACCGGCAGCUUCGUCGUAGAAAUCGAGCUUUGGGCUACGAGCUUUCUGCCAAGACCAUGAGCUCCGAGGAGACCGCAGCGUCCAGCAAAGCCUCCCCGCCGGAGGACGAUGGCAUGACCUGGUGGUACCGGUGGCUGUGUAAAAUAGCCGGUGUGCUGGGAGGAAUAUCGUGUGCCAUCGCAGGGGUGUGGAACUGUGUCACUGUGAACCCUUUAAACAUCGCCGCUGGAGUGUGGAUGGUGUUGAACGCCUUCGUGUUGUUCCUGUGCGAGGUGCCCUUCUGCUGCCAAUUCAUCGAGUUCGCCAACGCCGUGGCGGCCCGCGCCGAUCGCUUCCGAGCCUGGCAGAAGUCCUUCUUCUACUGCGGGAUGGCGCUUUUUCCCAUAUUGUUGAGUUUCUCCUUCACCACGCUGUUCGGGAACGCCAUCGCCUUCGCCACCGGGGUCCUGUACGGCCUGGCGUCUUUAGGCAAAAAGGGGGACGCGGUCACGUACGCCCGGCUGCAGCAUCACAAGCAGGCCGACGAGGAGAGGAUGAGCGGCCCCGCCGAGUGAGACCCCGCCGCCUUCUUCCCGUCCUCGUUCCUCAACGCUGUCGACGCUCUCCAGGUGUCCUGCUUAAUUUAUUUAUUUAUUCUCUUGUGGGACUUCAUGUAAGUUGUGUGAACGUGUGUAAUUUAAAAAAAUAUUCCUUUUACGGUCUGCAUUUUUGUUUUGUUUUGUUUUUGCUGCUUGCUUGUUGCGCGUGAAGCCUUGGACUCCAAACUAGGGCGUCCAUUUUGUGAUCGCUCCCUUCCAGGACCUUAACCGUCUUAUUGAUUGUAUUAUGUGCUUAUAUGACUUGAGAUUUAUUUUUGGUUUAUUCCCCCUUAAAAAAGCCUGAGCCUUUGCCUUUCCUGAUCCACACCUUGGAAUGUAUUUUUUAAGUAAAAAAUGAAUAAUAAAAAUGGUUUUAUUUUUGCUAUAUUACUGUAGUCCAUUACAACUUAUGCUCACUGGCAGUUUUAGCAGAACGAAAAAUGAGUAGCAAUUGACCCAAUUUCCUCUUAUAGUGGCCAGGGGACAUUUCUUGACUCGUGUAUAGAGAGUACCAAACGCCUGUUUCGGAGUGACAUCGAUGAAUCGACUAAUUGGUUAGAAAUUCAUUUUGCAUUAAUAGCCACAAUAACGUGCAUAUGAGGAGAAGGUGUUAUUUUUGUCCACCUGGGGUUGCCAUUAUCAGUCUAGUGUAGUAUCUGUGAUUUUGUGUGUGAAUGGCUUUAAAAGGCGGGGCCCGGCCCGGUGAGCGCCGUGGGCGUCAGCCAAUGUGUGUGGAGAGUUUGCUGGCUGUUGUGUGACUUGUGGCCAUUGGAAGCUCCUGUAUGAGUGUACUUAUUGUUACACAUUUCUUGAUUAUUCACAUUUGUCCAUUGAACUGAGUCUUCACACGGCCGUCGCGGCUUUUUGCGCAUUCGGGUGACGAGGCACGUGGUGACAGCAGCCGCUCUACCUGCACGCUGUUAUGCCUGCGAUCAUACGGCGAACCCUCGUUUAUUGCCGAGAUGUUCCAUUCCUAUCCCAAUAGGUCAAAAUUUGCUUUGCUGUAAAACAGAAAAACAUUUAUUUGGGUGGGGCAGGUGCCACUAUUUGAGGAAAUACACUAUUCAACAACCUGUUACUGACCUCUUUCAAAAUCCAGUCAAGAUUCAAUUAAAAAGGGACUAUUAAUUGGUUGAUUGUGGUUUUUUUUUUUUUUUUUUUUUGGGCAAUGUGCUAUUUGUAUUGUUUGUUGUUGUCCCGAAUAUUAACGAAAGUUUGGGAGAAAAUGUUUACAACGUAUUUGCAGUUUGAUCAGCUGAACGGCUCUCAGGUACGCGAGCACUCGUAAACACACACACACAGCCAUUGUUAAGCCAUGUUAACUACAGUUGUAACAAGGUCACGAGAGAGCUUUUUUGUUGUCGUUUUGGAAUCUUGCCGUGUGGGUGUUUUGUGCGCUGUGACAUGAAUGCUCUUAUCGAUCAAUUAAACAAACCUGCGACUCUA